CUGGAACGUUCCGCUAGCUUGGUUCAGGAUGCCGAAAGUGGUGUUGUACGCAAGAUACCAAAGAAGAGUGCAACCCAUAUUACCAUGCGCAUUUUGAUGCAGGCCUUUACGAUGACCUUCCUGGCCGAAUGGGGCGAUCGUUCGCAACUAACCACCAUUAUUUUGGCCGCCAGCAAGAAUGUUUAUGGCGUCAUUACCGGCGGUAUUAUUGGCCACUCCAUCUGCACCGGUUUGGCUGUAAUCGGUGGACGUAUGGUGGCCGCUAAAAUUUCUAAACAGCUGGAACGUUCCGCUAGCUUGGUUCAGGAUGCCGAAAGUGGUGUUGUACGCAAGAUACCAAAGAAGAGUGCAACCCAUAUCACGAUGCGCAUUUUAAUGCAGGCCUUUACGAUGACCUUCCUGGCCGAAUGGGGCGAUCGUUCGCAACUAACCACCAUUAUUUUGGCCGCCAGCAAGAAUGUUUAUGGCGUCAUUACCGGCGGUAUUAUUGGCCACUCAAUCUGCACCGGUUUGGCUGUAAUCGGUGGACGUAUGGUGGCCGCUAAAAUUUCUGUGCGCACUGUUACAAUACUCGGUGGCAUUGUAUUUAUAGGGUUUGCAGUGUACGCUUUGAUUGUAAAACCAGACGAUAUUUAA